AUGUAUAGGAAGGCACCGUUAUUCACCACAACAACCAGAAUUACAGUCAUAGAAGAUGGAAAGACCUCGCAGUCUCAAGACUAUCAAUGGGAUCAAGGAGAGGCUAGUGGAAGUAAUAAUAGUAAUGGAGACGGAUUUGACGAGAGUAGUGAAGGAGAGAGUUCGGAAACUGGUACUAAAAUAGCUGGAGUAAAAAGAAAGUUGGUAGAUGAAGUGAUUGUCAUUGAUGGAGACGAUGAGGAUUCCAUUCUAUCCAAAAAAACAAAACGUCUCGUCGAAGACGACAGUCAAAUUAUACUAAUAGAGACUGAUGAAGAAGGUGAUGAAAAUUCAUCUACAUCCGAAGAAUAUGUUUCUUUUGAUGAAAGUUACCAUUCUGAAUCAGAUUCAGAAGACAUGGAAGGAACCAGGAGAAGGAUAACCAAAACCAAAAUAACACCAAUUUCCGAACCGUCCCUACACUUGAAUGGGGACUUGCCUUCAGAGAGUUUUUUUGCAAAGUUAAUUGCUCAAAGCAAAGAAUUACUGAAACGUCGAAUAAAUUCGGGAAAGACGACAUCGACGAAUUCCGAGGCUUCAAUGGACGAUCACUCUUCGCCGCCAUCAUCUGCAGCACAAAGUUUAUCGGGAAAGUCUAAUGGUCGCAAUUUUGCACGGCGGACACGAGGAGUAUCAUCAAUGCUCUAUUUACCAAACAUUGAAACUGUUUCCAAUGCUGCCCUCGCAGCCUCUUCCAUCGCUCGCAUUAAGACCGCCGCUUCUAAUUCCUCUCCAUCACGCACUUCGCGCACGUCGUCAGCUGUACCAACACCCACAAGACCAUCACCGUCGACCACACCAAUACACCAGUCUCCAAGCACGCCGACAUCUCCUAAAGCCGAGUCGUCUGGAGUAAUGCCGAUGGAGAUUGAUGCAGUUGAGGCAUAUAUAACUGUUUCUUUUUCAAUGGCUAUUGAUGCGUGUAAAAACGCGGGGACCUUAUCUGUUGACCAGAGCUUUUGCAAUUUCCUAGUCAAGAAAGUAUACUUGGAUGGAUGGCAGAGAUAUCUUGCUACUGGGGGAGAAGUGAAACCAAAUCCUAUGUCAUCUCUGGCCUCCUCUUCGUCAGCAGGCCAGUGGGGAGAUGAUGGUUAUAAGUGGCCAAAGACACGCAAACCAUUAGAUUCGAUAAGUAUCAGUGAUGACGAAGGAGAUGAUGACGGUAAUCACACGAUCACUAACCUCCAUUCAGACAACAGUUCUGAAGGAGAUGCCGAGAGAGAUGAUGUCGAUAUGGAUGGGGCUAAAUCAACACGGCUUGAGGCUUUCGUAAUUAUUGACCACCCUGGUGAAGUGCCUAUUGUCACUACUAGACCCAGAUUGCAGAGAAAAAAUUUGACCAGAGGGAAUUAG